AGUUGCUAAUAUUUCCUGCAUAGGACUGGAGUGCCGGCUAUUUUAUUGUUUUCGGCUGUUAGUGGGUUUCCGUAGUUUGGACUGCUAGUUCUUACAUAAGUGCUAUGUAGAUUUAUUAUUGCUGAUUUUCAGAAACCUGCAAACCUUAUUUUAGCGUCUUAAUAGUAAUCGGAGGGUUCUUACAUAAAAACUCAACUACACGCUGCUUAUCUCAAUCUCCCUAUUUUGAGAAAGUGGCACAAAAACCCCGGAUUUCCUCAAAUCAAGGGGGUAAAAACAUGUUGAGUACCCUAACUAAGUCGAUAACUAAGAGUUAGAAAGUUAUGGAGUGUGGAUUUUGCCUAUAGACAAAACUAAGGUGUACUAUAUAUAGCACUUUAGUUUUUAAUUUCCUUCUAAAUUAUGUGUAGAAAGUAGUCCUUUACUCAAAAGCGAUCGAUGAGUCAGUACAACCUUAAGUCAGCUAAUUGUAAGUUGACGCGCAUUGUUUGCUAUUCAUUGACGUACUGUUUGUGUGGUCUAGUAAUGCCUAAUUAGAUGAAUGAUCCUAAAUCUUCAAUCCUGGAGAAAUGUUCAUUAAGUUUGGAGAUUAUUCAUAGCUUUUACUUGUUUGUGGUUAUUAUCUCUAUAUCUUUUCUAACUCGGCGGUAAACCACUAAAAGAAACCUAUUUAUUGCUGUACAAUUAACGCAAGCACUCUUCGGGCCAAAUAUUUAUCAUGAAAAAGUAGUAAUCCUUUCGGAAAUAGAACAUGAGGUACUUCCAACAAUCGAGUAGCAUGACUUUGUCCGACUUUACAACCUUGUUAAUCAUGUGUUAGAUAUAUGGUGAGAAAAUUCACUUUCUGGUAUAAUGGUGAAAAGAAAGGUCUGUGUGAUAGUUUCUAUUACUCUUUCAGAGUGUCUAAAUAGCUACUCAGUACCUUAGCCUGGUUUUUGUCCUCUGUUCUGUUUUACUAGAAAAUUUGUAUUCUAUCUAUCAAUGUACGUAGUUCUCCUUAAAUCGGCUGGUGAUAAUGCUACUAGCAUCGGUGAUGACCCUUAUGUACAGAUAUUAAAAAACUCAGGUUUCAGCGUAGACUUACUGGAAACUCUUGAUUUCGAGUAUAACAUAUCAAAUCUAGCGGAAUACAAAAAUUGGAGGAACAAUCACAGUUGCAUUAUUUUUAGUAGCCCACGUUCCGUUAUCGCAUGUGUUAAAGCUGGACUAACAGGUAAUGAAAAUGACCUUUGUUUCGUUGUUGGUCCUAGCACUGAGUUACAAGCUAAAAAAGCUGGAUUUUCGCCUAAGGGAGCUGAUUCUGGUGAUGCGGAGAAGCUCGCUAGUUUUAUUUUGAAGCACUUUACCUCAAAAUUGGAUAAACCUAUUUUUUUCCCAUCUGGGCAAGUACACCGCGACACACUACCGAAAGUUUUGGAAAAUGAAGGAAAAAAAGUAAAUACCGUUGUGGCCUAUUCUUCUGUAGAAAAUACUCAACUUCAUGAAAAACUGCGAUUGAAUUUAUGUGUAAGUUCUCUGUUUUCAGGCAUUGCAACAAUAACUUUAAAAAAAAAUUAAUUCCCCUCAAAGUAACAUCUGGUUUUCUGGCUAGGUUUAGCAGUAUUUUCUGGAUUUAAUUGUGUAUUUUUGCUUGCUUCACAGCAUAACAUCUUUGGAUUAUUCACAUUGUUCAUUCUACAGCUAACCAAAUAAUUCCUUUCGGAAAGUGCAACCAAAGCCACGUUCUGUUCACUGCAAAUGCGCCUUGUGUACCUUAGUACACCAAUCGUAAGUCAGUAGUUUAUACAACAGCUGAGUUUAGUUACAGGCUCUUCUCAGCAAAUUAUAAACGAAAACAGACUGGCUGGAAUCAGUUAGUGAAGUCAUUGACUUUUGGACUGAAUCCUAAUGGUAAGUACUAACUACCUGUUGACCGAAAGGUUUUUCGGCAACGUUUGUCAUUGAAAAGCGUACCAUAGAAGUACAUAAAGCUUGACCAUGGAUAAGGUAACAGAAGAACUAAGUUGCAAAAUUUUCGUACAAAAUCUAAUAUUUCCAAAGUUCGUGGUUUGAAAUGAGAAUAGGACAAUCAGGUACAACUUACUUGCAGAAUGUUAGCUCAGGUAUCUUUCAGAAACAAGAAUGUUUAAGCUAUGUGGUAUGUUUAAAUUGGAAAGUAAUUUUGAACAUACUCUUUGAAGAUUUGUACUACUAAAUAAUCUUAGUUGAAGGUCAUCAGUACCAAUUAGCAACAUUAAUAAUCGAAAAAAAAUUAUCAGUAAGGCAUAUAGAUGGAUUUGCAAAUAUUUGGUACUAAUUGUUUGUAAUUGAUUGUUCUGUUGUAUGAUAUUGAAGCCUAUAAUUAUAAAAAUAAUUUGUUAGUGUUUGUAUCUUUUUCUAGGAAGGAAAUCCUAUUCCUGAAUGUUUAGUAUUUUUCAGUCCCUCUGGUGUUUCAUUGACUGAAAAAAUAUUAUUAACCGAAAUUAAACCACAUCGACCGAAUAUUAAAGUAAGUGUAUGUUUUUUCUAUAUCCUCAACUUAUUUCACUUGAGAAGGUGUCCGUACCGUUUCUAUAUAAAGUUUCUGAACUUACAUUUUCAUUUAACCAGUUAAAUUUUAGCCCUGGUUUAUCCAUGAGGAUUAUUGGGAAUAACUACAUCAUGACAAACAAAUAGUAUAUGGAAGCUAGUUCUCAUUGUAAACUGACAUCAAAUACCAUACACCAUAACACACCAACUUUAUGGAGACAUACUAGCAGUUUUUUCUCUUUUACUAAAUCAAAACUUGAAGUUUAUCUUAUCUGGUCGUUAUACAUAUUUAGUUUGUGUUUAGCGUCAUCACUUUCUAACAUGUUCAUUACUACAUUGUGAUGAAGCUGAAAAUAAUUUUCGUAGAUUCGUAGAUCUAUUCUCUCAUCUUAUGAGAUACAUAAACUAUUUAUUUUGGUUUACUUAGUACUAAUAUGCUAAAUUUGAGACAGAUUUUUAUUUUAUUUUAUUGAUCAUGGAAAAUGAGCUAAAUAGGGUUACCGAUGAGGUUUCAGGUUUUCUUUCAUAUCAUAUCGAACAAAACGUCUGAAGAUUAGUUAGCCUGUAACACAAUAACAUCUUGAAGAUUUUGCAGUGUGUUUAGAGGUUAAAGUGGCUAGUUACGAAAAAAGAUAAACUGGAGCAAGCAAAAUUACUUUUGUUCUCAUAGAAAUCUAUUCUGAUAGCAGUGAAUCUUGAAGACUUAAGGGAAGUAUUCAAAAUUCAUAACAGUUUAAGUAAUGAAUCAAUCAAAUUAUUAAGAAAUGCACAACUGUGUUAUGGAACUUCCAUAUUUCGCGAUAGAUGAUUGUUGAUUGGCUGUUGCGCGAAUGUUUGGUGCUGUUUUAUAAGGAGGAAUAUUUUUCGAGCUCAUGAAAAUAAUACAAUGAUGAACUGUCAGAAAACACGCAAACUAGAAAACUCCUGUGUUUCAUUUUGUCGUUAGAUGUAGUUUCUGCUCGGUAUUCAAGUGAUGUAGAGUGUCAUCAAACUCAGCUAUUAUAACGAUACGAUCACGUAAGUUAGUGGAAAUCUUGUUCAAAUCAGUGAUCUCAAGAUUACUAAGCGAGCCAGGAUUUGUGAUCGCCUUUUACUCUCCGGUCUUAUAUCAUAAUAAUGAUAAGAAGGCGACUGCAGUCCAGCUUCUUUUUGCUUUCACUACCAUUUCAGCUUUGGUUCACUAAUUUAGGUAUGCGAAUAAUACUUUAAAUAGUUUUAAGUAGACAUAACUUAUCAUAAGAUAUAGGUAUAUGUGGUCAACCGAACUACACUUGAUGUAUACAGCUCAGGCUUAAUGUCCAGCUGAUAAAAAACGUAGUUGUGAAAGAAUCAAAUGUGACGAUCGUUAAAAGUAUAGUAAUUAUAGCCCUAAACUUCGUUCCAUAGGCCUCGUCCAUAAACUUUCCUGUGCUCGCUUAGACUUAAAUGGUCAAGUAGUCCUAUUAAACGUCACACUAAAAGAGUAUACUAUAACAUUAUACAAAAUUACAUCAGUUAGGACUUGGUCAUUAUCUGAUAUUAGUGCAUAUUGAUCUAGGUUGUCCUAGAAAUUGUAUAUGACCUCCAAUAAAUUGUAUGAUUCUAUGUAAAAGUUUUAAAUUUCAUCGGGUUUUAUUAAUAAUUACUUAUUUUGCCCUGACUUUCUCUGUCAAUCAGUUGGUUGCUAUGGGACGCGCAACAGCAACACAAUUAAAAGAAUUAGGUUUGACUGUUUCAGCGGUUGCCUCAUCACCUAAACCGGAAAGUCUACUAACGGCACUAAAGCAGUUAAAAUGAUGUUUAUAGUCAUCAGUAAAGAAACUUUUUAUCUUUUCAAAUCCUAACUCUUUGUUGCUUUUAAUAUGCUUUGACUUGUUUGUAUUUAUUUAUUCCCAAUCAUUUCCAAUACCAAGGAAAUUUUAUUGCCUUUUGGAGAUAGUACAGGUAGUAGACACUAUUUAUUCAAGCUGCAUUGGUUGUUUUUUUCUGCAAAGAAUAUAUUUAUAUGCUUUUUUUAUUUUACAAAAAUUGUGCCUUGUUUACUUAUUUAUAUCUUUAUUUGUAAUUUGUGAAUUACACAAUCUAUUUAUUUGUGUAAACUAAUAAUGAGCUCAAUUCUAUGGAUUGUUGACAUUAUUUUUUAUGCAAUGCAUUUGAAAUUAGUAUUUUAAAUAAAUUUAAUGUUCUACAGAAUAUGUUCUUCUUCAGGGAAUAUUAUUAUCUCCAACUUAGUGUAAAAAGAUGUAAAAUUCAAAUGACGUUAGAAUUUGAGUAUUUGCUGAAUUUAUCACGUGAAAAGAUUCUACCAUCAAGUAUCUAGUAGUCAAAAAUGGUGGUUUAAAUUCGAGUGUAUUUGUCUAACUAAACUUGUUUAGGGUAUUUUAAACAAAACAGAAUGAAAUCAUUCAAUAUAUAAUGUGGAUUUGGUUUCCAGUGUUAAAAUUCCAUUGGAGUAGUUAGAUCAUAUCAUUCAAUAGGAUGGGGAAAACUUCCAAAUAAACAUAAUCUUCUGUAGUGAUCAUAAUUAAUGAUGACUAAUGGUAAGAUCAUGUAAGCCUACUAAAAACUGGAAAAGACUCAUUUGAAUUACCGAAAAUAUUCUGAUCACAAUGACCGUCACUAAGUAUGUUAUAUACUGCUUCAGUGAUGUAUCAGUUGAUGUUCUUUUCUAUUAGCUAUUACAAACUCUAGACUGCUUAAUAAUAUUCGUUGUAGACUGAUUAAAUCUUCGAAAUCAAACAGAAAAUUCAUUUUUAGACGAUUAAUUAAAGCGGAUACGAUAGAUAUUCGCCCAUUUCAUUUCAUAUUGGUUAUAAUUCAUCCUGAACGGACUGAAUAUCGAAAAUAUCAUUAUGGUAUAAAAAAAGUAUCUUUCUUGUUACAAGAUCUUUAUGUCUGUAGAUUAUCCGACCAUAUAAAAGUUUGUAAAUAUGUGCUCCUUUGGGUGCUGACAAGUCUGUGUUGUUUCGUAGUACCAAUACUUUUAGUAAUCAGAAUUAAUACUAAGAUAAUUAAUUUCGUCAGUAGCAUUUAUUUGUAGACUUUCGUUGUUGUGUUAGACAGAUUAUUCACAAUUCAAUAGAAAAGAACUUCAUCUACAUUGGUCAAGCUUCAAAAGAUUUUCAGUCACAUUAUUCUAAUGUUUGUUGCUAAAGGAACGUUUAAAGAAGUAUAAAACUCUAAUUCUAGGAAUCCUGCGAGCGGGAUCAUGGAUGCGCACUGCCGAGGAGUCCCGCAAUAGUACGAAACGGCCGUCCGGUGCUUCCAGGUUUUCAAUUGUGGUGGUCUAACAUCAAUCGGUUCAUGAUCUCAAUCAAAAACCUAAUGGAAAAUUCUUGAAUUAAUAAACUGUCAAUUGACCAAUAAGUACUAAUCAGUAUUAUAUUUGUGUAGUCUUUAAUACUGAUCAAAAUUUAUUGACCAAGUUCCAGUGUGAACACUAGUCUAAACGAUUUGAUGUCGAACAAUGAUUAUGUCUCUGAUUGGGACACUGUGUGACUUGGGUGAAAAUCCCAUAGGGAGUAUUAGUUCUUUUGAGAUCGCAGACACAAUUUGCUAAUGAUUAUCAACCACCAUGAAACUAAUUGGCCAUCUCAUCCGUCACUUGCUAUUUAACACCAAUGAAUCGAAGCUUCUUUGAAAGGUAAUUAUUUAAGUUAACGAACAUUACUGCUUCUGCUGGUAAGGGCUUACUAUUUGUGACAGCUGAUCAUUUAGUCAAUCUCUAGUUACUAUUUACGCAAGAGUAAUGGAAAACGAAAUUCGGAAUGAUGCAUAUUCAAACUUUUUUUACUACAUAGAGGUGUUCAAUGGACUAAGCCACUUGAAAAUAAUGUUACAUGUUUGAAACGCAUUCCUUCACAAUUACAUGUAUGUAUACAAUGGAAACGUUAUUAACUUUACUGACAGUUUCAGCCUGAAAGGUGAACAAACAAUACAAAAAUAUUUUCGAUCAGUGAACAUGAACAAUGUUUAUAUUGACCAAUUUUUACAACUGAACAAAUCUAUCGAAGUUUGUAACAUGGUGAUUAAGAUAAUGUGGAUAGAAUGCAUAUUUCCUUAUUCGAUUUCACGAAUAUAUUUAUUGAUUUCCUAUGUAUCCCUUUUUCCCCCAAAAAAUAUCAUUUUGAUUGGUUUAUUAUUUCAUCAAUACAUUAUCCCAACAUUUGACAUGUUCUACAUCAAAAUUUCUCUCGCUUUUCAAUAAGUGCAAUUAAAAUUAUACUAGUCAAUCAAUAUAGUGCUAAACAAUUCGCUACAGUUAGUUAUUAGCUACUGGUAACUUUAUCAACAAGACUAUAUGGAUAAAAUCUCAAUUAGAGUCGGUUUUCAUUGACAUAUUCAAUAGUUUACGAUAGGGUAGUUGCAAGCAUGUGAUUGAGUUAUUUUAGUUUUUAUCCAUGGAAUGGUUUUGAAUUAUUAUCCAUAACGUUCAAACAGACUUGAUGUCAACCAAUAAAGUUUCACCAACUAAAUAAAAAAUAUUGAGUUAUAUAAAACUACGGGAUUAAGAACAACGAUAAAUAAUACAUGAUUGAUGUAUAUGCAGCUCAGUGGUUAGGGUGUCCAACUUUCGGUCACAAAGCACCGGAUCGGAUAUUUUCCCAUCAACUUCACUUUAGAUAAUCAAGUAGUUUCAAUAGGUUUCACAUUUAGAGUGUAGCUGGAAGCCAAGUACACGAGUCCAUUCCUAGCGAAUCAGUCAUAUGCGAAUAAUAAAAAAAUAAUUGUUUCUUAAUGAGUAUUUCUUGAGUUCCAUGAAAGCAUUAUUGACGGUAACGUCAGUGUUCUUAUUUAUCUUAUCCUACAAUUUUAAUUUCAUAGUUUAUAUCCUAACACCAAGAAUGCAAAGAACAGGGCUGAAACGUAUCUCACAUUAACAUAUAAAAUAAGUAAUGCCUACUUAGCCGAUGAUUAACAAAAAAAACCACGCUCAAUAGAAACGAAAAAGCAUAGAACUUGUGAAUUGGCGUUCACUGACAUAUUAAAAAAAUAAACAUCCACUUGGAGGAAAUGCUGUCUCAAAUAACUAACUUAAAUUAUCAUUCAUAUCCAGAUUUAACUUAACAAACUCCAAUUGUUAACGUAAAACGAACACUUGAUCAUAAUCUUGCUAACUCAAAAUGCCCAACCAACUACUAUAAAUAAACAGAUAAGCUAACUAUUACCACUCAAAUUCAAAUAAAUCGAAAAACAUUGUUCUCCGUGAUUAGACUAACGGUAAGCAGGUAUUCGAUUACAUUAUUCAGAUUGUAAUUUAUGUAUCGAAAUUGUGUUAGGUAUGCACUGAAUCUACAGUAAUGAGCAAACACUUAAAAGAACGUAGUCAGAGCGGCAUCGCAAUCAUAUUGGUACAAUAGAGAAAUGGUAAAAAAAGUGUUCAUAUUCAGUGUAAAAAUUCAGUAAAAGGUAUUUCAAGUUGCAGUCUUCAAUAUUUAUUAUAAUUGUGGGUUAUGAUGCACAUAUUUACCCUUUACUAACUUUGCACUGAAGUGUUAAAUGAAUUCGG